CAUCUGUAGGGCAGUUGACGUCUCUGCACAUAUUUGUAAAGAAAAGUAUGCUAACUGAAAUCUUGUAUGUCAGAGUUUUAGUUUAAGUCGCUGUUGGUCCCUCCAUGAGACCUACGUCGGUUGGUCUCACCCGAUUAACCUGAGAAACCCACUCGGCAUUUUAUUUAUCUUUUCUUUUGUAAUUUUCCGAAAUAAAACUGACUAACAAUUAUUAAAAACAAACGAAGCCGUCGUAUAAUGCCGAACAACAAGAAGUUAGACGUUUUUCUUCUUCGUUUUUGUUUUCGCUACUGACGGUACACCUUUAAGACGAAACCACGUGACUUUGUCCGCCGUACGUCACCCCCCCGGUCGGAAAGCGACUGCCACUGAACUGUUUUCAUGGAUGUUCUGCUUUGAAUGAUUCUUUGGCUGCUACAGUAACGCCAUUUCAAGUAUGAAAUGUCUCACUUGUCAGUGGUGGGAAAAGAAGGAAUCCUGUUCCGCUUGGAGGAAACUUCAGUAACUGCUCGUGACUGGAGUUUUGUGCAAGAUAGAUACAUGUGGUUGAGCUAACAGCCGUUUGAAACGAUGACCAUGCUGGCCUUUGGAGCAAGAACAGUCCUCUUCAACCUGAGGUACACUUUCCAGAAAGCAGGCUCCUUUACCAGAUCCAGACUCAUCCAGAGCUCCAGGACACGUUUUGUGAAAAGAGGGCAGAUUUUAAGCCAGAUACCCAAGGUUACACUGCUAUGUUUUGGCGCAGUCAGUGCAUCAUCCUGUGCAGCCAGUUGCCAGGAAGCAGUUCUUCCAUCUCGAACUGCUGCCAGAAAGUCUCUAGCCAAAGUCCAAGUUCACAAAGUUGUGUUUUUUCUCCGUCUCACCCUCCGGGCAUUGAUGCUGCUCCUCAAAUUUGGCCCCCUUCUCCUCCUUGCCCCCCUGGCACUGGUGUCCUCUCGCUGGGCAGGACGCUGGCUGGACGCUCUGCUUUGGGUGACCGAAACAUCUGGGCCCACUUUCAUCAAGCUUGGUCAGUGGGCCAGCACCAGGCGGGACAUCUUCUCCCAGGAGUUCUGCGAGCGCUUCUCCAGGCUCCACGUGAAGGUGCGCCCUCACUCCUGGGCCCACACUAAGCAGUGUCUCCGGAGGGCUUUUGGCGAGGGCUGGAGGAGGCUUUUAGAGUUUGAAAGCAAAGAGCCAGUGGGUUCGGGAUGUGUGGCCCAGGUGUACAGAGGCUGGGCGAAAGCGGACCAGGUGGAAGACCCAGCCUUUCAGUCUCUGGUGGAGGAGAUGGAGAAAGAAGACUUGCUGGAAGCCUGGGAGAUCCCUGGUUUGGGAGGAGUGUUCACAUCCUUGUGGCAGCUCUGGAGGGGGAGUAGGGAGGAGGAAGGCUCUGAGGAAAGAAAUCAGCCAAAGGGGCGGCCUGAGGAGAGCAGUGCUGAGAAGGAGCGUCUGAUACCUGUGGCUAUCAAGGUGGUCCACCCAGGUGUCAGGAGGCAGGUAGAAAUGGACCUACUGCUGAUGAAAGCGGGCAGUUGGCUCCUGCAAUGCCUGCCCGGACUCAAGUGGCUCAGUCUGUGUGAGGUAGUAGAGGAGUUUGAGAUGCUCAUGACAAAACAGAUUGAUCUCCGUUUUGAGGCCAGGAAUAUCGAGCGUUUCCGGGAGAAUUUCCGUGAAGUGGAUUAUGUUAAGUUUCCAACCCCAUUACGACCAUUUGUCACCAGAACCAUUUUAGUGGAAACAUUUGAAGAAAGUGAGCCCAUAUCCAACUACUUGAGUGCUGACAUUCCUCAGGAAGUGAAGCAGAGAAUAGCCAGGAUGGGAGUGGACACCAUACUGAAGAUGGUUUUUGUGGACAACUUUGUCCAUGGGGAUCUCCAUCCCGGGAAUAUUCUGGUCCAGCGUUUGGGGCCUCCUCCUGGUCCCAGUGACAGUACAGGUACAUCAGGGGAGGCUCACGGUAAGACCACCCUCACUGACUUGUGGGACACAGUGGUGGUCAGCGUCAGGCCAGACCCGUGUCCUCUCCAGUUGGUCCUGCUGGACGCCGGCAUCGUAGCCCAGCUCAACGACGCCGAUCUCGCCAACUUGAAGGCUGUCUUCACAGCUGUAGUGCUGCGUCAGGGCGAGCGAGUGGCAGAGUUGAUCCUGCAUCACGCUCGAGCCAACGAGUGCCAAGACGUGCCCCGGUUUAAGAAGGAGAUGGCCCAGCUGGUGGACCACGCCCUCAGCAACACCAUCUCUCUGGGGAAGAUGCAAGUGGGUGACUUGCUCUCCAGGGUCUUCAGUCUAGUCAUCAAGCACAAGGUCAAGCUGGAGAGCAAUUUUGCCUCCAUUGUGUUUGCCAUCAUGGUGCUGGAGGGCCUGGGCAGGUCACUUGAUCCGGACUUGGACAUUCUGGAUUUGGCGAAACCCCUGCUGCUGAAGAACUGUGCCUCUCUGCUGUGACACGCACACACACACACACACACAGACAGGUACCUACGAGAAUGCACACAGCAAGUAAGUCCCAUAUACUGUAUACAUAUACUCCAUCUACAUGUCCAGUGUAUACUGUGUCCUCCUGCUGGCAAGGCGAUGGCUUGUCUUCAAGCGUACAAUGCAAGAUCCCACGUGGAUCACAUGAUUACUGUGUCGUCACUACAUUUUAGCAGUGCUGAUGCCAUAAAUACCUCACUGAGUUUUACGUUAGUGUUUCCGUUUUCAUCACUGCUGGUCUUGAAUUUUAUCAACCGUUGUCUGGUUGUAGGACAGAAAAUUCCACCCACCAAAUUCCAGUUCAGGGUACCUCCAACUAAUGAACAAGAGUACACACCAUUAACACGAGGCACCUCUUGUUUAUUGAGUGCUAAUGGAGUCAGACACACAGAUGGCAUCAGAGACCAUUUGUAGUGAUGUAAGAUUUAAAAGAAAGUCCCUAGCUGGUACUUAAAAGUAUAUUUUUUAUUUUUUAAUGACUAAUAUUGAUCUCAGGAUGUCUUUUAUCACCCCAUCUUUUAUUGCAUCUUACAUAAUGUUGUCUAAUGGACAUAUCUGCUUUGAUGUGAAUCACAAUGUACUGUAACAUUUGUUCUUAUAGACUACAUUGACGAUGUGAAGCCUUUGGCUAAUUGUACUCACAAACUGACUUUUGUCUUUUAACGUUCCAUUGUAAGAGAGGGAACAUAUAAAUAAACAAGGGAAUCUAUGUUAA